CCAGCCCAGCCCAUCUCAUUUGUCGCGCGUGCGCAGGCGAAAAGGACGUUGAGGAUAUAAUGGAAAUUUCGUGCCUUCCUCGUGUGCAGUUUGAGGUCAGAGUCGAGCAGUCGUGGACUCAGCGUGAAUCAUUCACAAACAGACGAAGACGAAGAAGCUUCUCUCUGUGUUUCCCAUCCCUGUAAUUACUCUCUAAUUAUAAUUUGAUAAUAAUUAACCAAUUUCCCUCUUCUUUCUUUAUUGACUUUUUAAUGGGAACGAUCUUCCUUCUUCCUCACAAAUCGGCAGCAAGUCUUCUCCUUCUUCUCCUCCACUUCCACCCUCUGCGCCAAAGCUGAAAGGUCUCUCUUGUUGUAGACUCCAAUCAAGGUCUUUCUGUUUUUUCGGGUGAAAUUCAUACUGUUCUUUGUGUUGGUUGGUUGGUUUGGGAACGGAUAAUGCGGGCGCCAUCGUUGCUUGCGCAGUGCUGGCCUGGCUUGAUUCCUAAUGAUCGAGGAAGCCAUAGCAUUUCAUGGGUUUCUGAAAGAGAUGCUCAUCUCUCUUCGCCAGCAGUUGAGAUUGUACCUGCAAAGGCACAUCAUACAGACAAGUUUGCGGUGGAGAAUGAUGAACAAGGGGUUAGUGUCUUCAAGGGUAGGAUUAGUGUUGCUGAUAUAAUUGGGUUCACUGGCUCUGACACGAUCUCGUCGAAGCCAGAUGGAUCUAUGAAAUUUUGUGACAGCUCUAUCGAUCUGGUUAAUUUACUCAAGAAUGAGAUCCGUGAUGGGCAACUGAGCUUUAGAGGCAAGAGAGUUCUUGAGCUCAAUUGCAACUAUGGGCUUCCUGGAAUCUUCGCUUGCCUGAAGGGUGCUGCCACAGUCCAUUUCCAAGACUCGAGUGCUGAAACUGUUAGGUGUUCAACCAUUCCCAAUGUCCUGGCCAACCUCGAGCAAGCUCGUGAUAGACAAGCCCGACAACCAGAAUCUCCCCUGACACCAUCAAGACACGCUCUUUCCCCUACUGUCCACUUCUACGCUGGUGACUGGGAGGAACUCCCAAGUGUGCUCUCUGUGUUAAGCAGUGAGACACCUGAAGCAGCAACAACCACAGGGAUGAUGAACUUGAGCUUCUCUGAGGAAGAUUUCAAUGACGGCUGCAGCAGCCAAGAUGGCAGUGUCGUGGCCCCCGAAUCUGCUAGAAGAUCAAGGAAGCUCUCGGGGAGCCGAGCAUGGGAGAGGGCUAAUGAGAGCGAUAAUGGAGAGGGAGGUUAUGAUGUGAUCUUGAUGACCGAUAUCCCAUACUCAGUCAUCCCAUUGAAGAAGCUGUAUGUUCUGAUUAAGAAGUGUCUGAGGCCACCAUACGGAGUGAUGUACUUGGCAACGAAGAGGAAUUACCAUGGUGGGUACAGCAAUGGUGCUAGGCAGCUGAGAAGUUUGGUGGAUGAAGAAGGCUUGUUUGGAGCUCACCUGGUGAAGGAAGCUGCUGAUAGAGAUAUUUGGAAGUUCUUCCUCAAGUGAAGAAAAUGAUUACAAUACCAAGUAGAAGAAACAACUAUACAAAACUUCAUUGUUUGCAGGCUGGCUAACUGGUUAUCUCCUAAUUUCAGACUUCAUAUUUUGUUUUGUUCUUCAGCUAAAACAGGGUUAUCAAUAUCAUACUGCAUGUAUAUUAGGAAUCUCAAAGUAUAUACUGAAACCUUCCCCCCUUUUUCCCUGCCAAAUCCAUCUAAUUGGUUCAGGAAGAAAGAUUAUUAUGAUUCCCUCCCAUUUUUGUAAUUCCCUUUGUUAGUUUUUCACUUGUGAAGUUUUUUCAUGUUUGUAGAUGUAAAUUCAUUCAUUUUAAAAUUGAGAUUGUUAAAUAUAAUGGUUGAGCUAGUGAUACUGAAUAUCUUGUAGUUAUCUUUCCAUA